UUGCUUGGUUGCUGUUUCUACUUGCGGCAUUUUUAUGGCGGCUUUUUAUUAAAAAUAAAAACUACAAGUAAUUUAAGAGUUUAUAUGGUUUUGUUACUGUGGUUGCGUACUAUUUAAUUAUUUCCUAUGAUACAUCUUAUUCAAGUAUGAGCACCAUGGAUAUAAAUAAAGUGGAAUAUGAGGAAGACAAUAAAACUAUGGACAAGAAGCAAAUUGAGGCUGAGGAGAAGGAAGUGAUGCUAAAAGCUGAGGUGGAAAACAUCGAGCCUGCGGAGUUGAAGCACGAUGACGGGCCUGUGAAGACGGCCUUGUCCGGCGACCUCACGGAGAUGGGCCGUGAAGUGAAACCGAAAUUUAUACCUAUUGGGGCUAUCAAAAUGCCUGGAUUCUUCACGAAAAAUUCAGACAAAGAUAAGUCCAAGGAUGAAGAGGCAGCUAUUGAAAAAGAUACAGAGAAUGAAAAGACUGAUGACUCCAAAGUCAAGGAGAAUCGUUUCCAAUUUCUACAGAAAUUCACAAAAUUUUUGCAACAUCAGGAUAAUGAAAAUGGUGAGGAAAAAGACAAAGAUCGCAAAAGAGGUUUAUUUAACAUCAGAUAUCCAAGGGUUUUCCAAAAACGUGGCAGUGCCCCAAAUAAUGAAGCAACUCUUGCCUCUAUGGAAACUUUGGAUGACAAGCUGGAUACACCUAAUGAUGGCAUGGAAACUGUGAAACUAGAACCUGCUGAAAUCGAAGAAGGUAAAGUAGCCACCAAACUUCCGUUAAAGGAGAGGAUUCGCCAAAAGAAAUUUAUCAUAGAUGAUAUUGUCGUAGUUGGAAUAGUAGUGCUAGUCCUGAUAGCAGUUAUCAUCGGUAUCAUAAUCGGCGCUAACGCAGGACCACCGGUUGAACGACCUCUACGCCUUGGUCGCUAUAUCACCACUUUCACCAGCUGUGGACCUGUCGAAGGUAUUCUGGAUGAAGGAGUUUACAAAUUCUUCAGUAUUCCCUAUGCUAAGCCACCAGUAGAAAAUAACAGAUUUAGUUAUGCUCAGCCCUUAAAUAACAUAUCAUCUUGCUGGAAUGGAACUUACGACGCGCGCGCAAAAGGUCCUCUUUGUAUACAAUUUUUAGAAAAUGCUACAAUAACUGGUGAAGAAGAUUGUCUGACACUUGAUGUGGUCACCCCUCACGUGAGAUACGAUUCGCCAUUGCCAGUUGUGGUUUUGAUUGGAGCAAAUACCUUAGCUGGUGGGAUCAGUCCUGCUCAACCUUCUGCCUUGUAUGCUCGCACAAAAGAAGUAGUUUUUGUACGUCCUAAUUUUCGACUUGGUCCUCUUGGAUUUUUAGCUCUUGAUAUUUUGUCAAAUAGCAGGUACCCUCAUACAUCAGGCAAUUAUGGACUUAGCGACUUGUUCAUUGCAUUGAAAUGGGUUCGUUUGAACAUUAAACAUUUUGGAGGCGAUCCCGAAUCUGUUACUUUGUUGGGUCACCGCGCGGGAGCUACAUUGACCGCUGCUUUGACUACUAUUAGUCAGGCUCAUAAGUUGUAUUCACGGGUGUGGCUAUCCUCUCCAUCUGUUAUCUUCCCUGGUGAACCACUAGAACAAUCUCAAAAAUUAAAUAUCAGGUUCAAAGAAAUGACUAAAUGCAACGAUGUCGAUUGCUUGCGCCAAAUUUCAACUACAGAAAUCCUAACACCAGAUUUUUGGCUUGAAAAUUACAUAGGAAAACUACCUACUACCGAAGAAUUAAAGCAUUCUUUAUUGGUGUUAGACGGAGAGUUUAUUAGACUACAUGCAUACGAAAGUUGGGAUGCCCAAAAAGAAGCUAAAAAGUCAGGAAAAGAAAAAGUUUUUAAACCAAUGGUAUUUGGUACAACUCAACAUUCUAGUCACUCUGAUCUUUUAAAGAAAAAAUAUCUUAAUUGGACUGCUGAUAUAGUAGAAAAAAUUGUCAAUGAAAGUGUAAUUGGUGAAAAGAACCUGACGUCUUCUGUGUUCACACAUGUUAAUAAAACUUACGAGGGUUUGGUGGAACUGAUUUCUUCGGUUCGUACGUUGUGUCCUUUGGUUAGUCUCGCUAGAUUACGUCUUGAGGUUCCGAUGUAUGUAGUGCUUGGAGCAGGAGCCGGCGGCGGUGCUGGCGGGUCUGGAAUUGCCGGUAUAAAUGCAGACGUAGAGGCCAUUUUAGGAACAUUCGAUUCAGAUAUGCCGGAACAACGUCGGUACAUGGCAGCUAUGCAGCAGUUAUUUUAUUAUUAUGUAUGGCAUGGUCACCUGCCUGGACCAGAGAGUGGCUUAAUACAAGUUGGUCAAGAUUUACUUCCUCUUAGUGGCUUGCCUCUUUGUGAUCUGCUCAUUAGGGAAGAUAUAGUACCUAGGUAUGCACACAUUGACUAAGGAGAAAGGCGAUGUUUUUAUGACCCUGUAAUAAAUUUGACAAAACUUGUUAAUAUGUGACUCUCUUGCUCCAAUAUUUUAUACCUUAUUGCUUUAUAACUAUAUACACUUAUGAUAAUACUCUCGCUGUCUAUUGUGUACGUGUUUCAUAGAUAUACAAAUAGUUAGUAGUAAUAUUUACCGAAAAGUGUUAUGAGAAACCAAAUAACGUAUCUGGAAAGAUACCAUUUAUGUUUAGUAUUAUUUAUUGAAAUCGUAAAGUACAAAAUUUCUGACAUUGUGUUCUUGCUUUUGGAUCUAAACUCUUCUCUUAUAGACUAAUUAAUGUAUCAGUGAAAUGUCUAUUUAGGCAAUAGAAUUAAUUAAACGUUAGGAUAAGGAUAUUAUGUGACUGAUGAAAAAUUGAUCUUGUCUGACCAGGCAGCCUCUUUUCUACUCAUUUUGUAAUAAUAGUGUAUAUUAAAAUUGUUUCAGUUACCUUAUUUUUAGACAAUGUGUUUUUCUACUUUUAUAUGAACAAUGAAUUAUUUUUUAUAUAUAUUAGAAUGCUUAAGAAACAUUGAUCCUGAGGUUUUUUAUGAAAAAAAUAUACAAGACUGAUGAAAUUUCAACCUGCGAAACAGUAUUGCUAAACAAAUUUUAAUAAUUAUGAUGUGAUCUUCCACUCUUGAAAUGUAUGAAAAAAUAUGAGAUAUUUUUCAUUAACACAAUAAUAUCUCAAGAUCAAUGUUUUGAUAAUAUUUGGUAAGAUUUAUUGCAUUAAUCAGCUAAAGUGAGAAUAGACAUAGAUUUCGUGUGAAAUUUUACUUAGGUAUAUGCUUUUAAGUAUACAGAUGUUGUUAGCCAAUGUCUGCACCCAUAUACAUCACAUUUGUCCCACCUUUUAUACCAAAUAUUUUUUUGUAAAUGGUUAAUUUUUUACCUUUAUAUUGGAGUCACCCCUGAGAUUAAUUGUGGGAAUGUGAAUGCUCUCACUCUCAAUAAAAAUGGACUCGCUUUUAAUAGAGGGGACAUGAAAAGGUACUGCAUCGAUAACAAUGACGUGUUACAACUGGUGUAAGAUUAAACCCCAAUGCUUGCCUUUAUUAAGAGGGGUGACUCAUGAUUGCGACAAAAUCUCGGAAUUUAAUAGUACUUAUUUAGUUCAAUAAUUGUCUCAAAGUAAAUGUGAUUUUAUGAAGUCUGAUCAAUCCAAAGAAAUGUUUAACAAUUUACAGCAUUAUAAUUGCUGUAUAAAUUAAGUUAUUUAUGUGUUAUUAUUAUAGUAGUACACAGGGAAACUCCAUAUCGAUAUACUCUUGUCUUGCCAAAUUGCUUUGUCAUUAAGUUAUUGCACUAGCGCUAUUGUAGUAUAGAUACAACUUUUAUGUAAUUUUGUAAAUUGAUCCAAAUAAAUUUUGUUUAAGACUGAAA